UUUACUAAUUAGAACAAUUAUAAAUAAUGUAAUGGUUAGGAAAUUAUGGCUAUAAUAAUAAGAAGAUUGGUAAAUGGAUGGCUACAUGGAAUGGGAAGAUCUUAAAUAAUGUGGGUGGUUUGUACUCUAACGAUGGAUUGAAAUAAGGUUUAUGGAAAGAAUUAAAUAGAAAUUAUAUGAAGUAAAUAUGAUUAUGUCAUCAGAAAUAGUCAAGGUAAAGUAUAAGUAUAAGUAUAUGAAAGUGGAUCAUACCUUAAAAAUUAAAGAUGCGGAAUAUGGAUAUACGUGUUUAAUGGUAGAAAGAUGUAAAUUUUAUUCUGAAAUUAAAUAGAGGAGGAGGAUCAUACAAUAAGCAAGGUUUUAAGGAUGGUAAAUGGAUUGAAUUGAGAGAUGGGUUUAAUAAGAAUUCUUAAGUAACUUAUAAUGGUUAGUAUUAAAAUGGUAAAAAGGUUGCUUUAUGGGAUAUUUUCUAUGAAAAUAAAAAGAUGUAAUUUAAAAUAUAAAAAAAUUUUUAGUGGUGGUGGAUUAUAUAAUGAAGGCGAUGAUGAAAUAAAAAUUGGGAGAUGGAUUGAAGAGAGCGAUGGAUUUUAUUAUUUUUCAUAAAUAACUUUCAAUGGUGAAUAUAAAAAAGGUAAAAAGAUUGGUUUAUGGGAGAGUUAUUUUAAUUGGGAUGGAAAUUAGAAGAUGUAAUAAUAAGUAAAAAUUUUGUAGUGGUGGUGGGUUAUAUGAUGAGGUUGGUGAUGAGAUUAAGAUUGGGAGGUGGAUUGAUUUUAAUAAAACGUAUAAGACAGAUUCGUAAGUAACUUAUAAUGGUGAAUAUAUAAAUGGUAAAAAGGUUGGUAGAUGGAAUAUAUGGUUUAACGAAUAUGAUGAUGGGUGGAAUAAUAAAUAAAUGUAAAUAUUGAAUAUUAUAAAUAAUAUAAAAAUAUUUAGUGGUGGGGGAUUAUAUGAUUAAGAAGGGAAUGAGAUUAAGAUUGGAAGAUGGGUUGAAUAGAGCGAGGCGUUCUUUAUUUAUUCUUAAGUAACCUAUGUUGGUGAAUAUAAAAAUAAUAAAAAGGUUGGUAGAUGGGAUAUUUGGUAUAAUUCUUAUGAUAAAGGAUGGAAAAAUAAAAAGAUGUAUACUUAAAAUAAUAUAUUCUUUUUUUUAGCGGUGGUGGAACAUAUAAUAAAGGGGAUGAUGAAAUAAAAAUAGGUAAAUGGACUGAAUUGAGUGAUAGAUUUAAUAAUUACACAGAAAUAAUUUAUUAAGGAGAAUAUAAGCAUAAUUAAAAAGUUGGUAAAUGGGAAAUUACGUAUGAUGGAAUAUAGAGGUAAAUUCAGAGAUUUGAUGUAUUAAUUUUUAGUGGCGGUGGAUAGUAUGAUGAAGAUGGUAAAGGAAUUAAAAUUGGAAAUUGGAUUGAGUUUUCGGAAAGUUUCCAUAAAUACCACUAAUUAAUCUAUGAUGGUUAAUAUAAAAAUGGCAAAAAAAUUGGUAGAUGGAUGGAAAUGGAUAUUAAAGAGAAUAAGAUACUUGAUGAAAUUUUAUUUGAUGAUAAUUGA